AUGGGAGUCCUGGUUUUUGAGGUGAACCCCGAUGGCAAGAUCCAGGACAUCAAGGUCUGGAUAGGUUCCCUGGAAAACGACAAGGCCGACUUGGGCGACAGCGGCCUGAGUCAGACCUUGCUCCUGUCGCAAGAAGCUGCCCUCGCGGCGAGCCCCGAGCCCACGGAGUGUUUGCGUUCCAGCAGACAGCCGUCCCUGCAGCAAACGCACAGCUUCAAGACAGCUGCCGAGAAGGUGAAAGCGCUUGACCUCAACGCUGUGGUAGCCGUUCUCGGGAAGGAUGGCUACUCGCCCAGCAAGGCAGCAAGCCUUGCGGAAGAGUACCGAAAGUACUUGACCCUGGUGGGUGCCGGCCUGAACCCUGUGCCUUCGCAGCAGGUGGAUGAUGCGUGGCAUGCCCACAUCCUGAAUACCAAGAAGUACCAGGCUGACACACGGGCGCUGUUCGGCCACGUCCUCCAUCACGAGCCGGCCAACCUUCUCCUGGACCAGCAGGGCAUGACAGCACAGAAAUCCUCCAUGGACGACAUGUUCUUACAGACCAAGAUGCAGCUCUGCGACUUCUAUGGUCGCGUCAACGAAGCCGUGUGGUCCAAGGAAGACGUCGCCCUGUGCCUUUGCGCCUGCGGCUGCGGCUGCGCUUGCGGCUGCAGCUGUGGCUGUUCCUGCGCUCCGAGCCCCCCACCGAGCCCGAGCCCGCCCCCGAGCAGUGGCUGCUGA